UAAUAUAAGAAAGUUCAUUCGUGAGUUUCAAACGCUAAACACACCGUCAGAUUCUGAGGAAACUAGGUUUAAUCUCAAAGUUUCCGUUGGAAGCUCCCAAUUCUGCAUUUUGGUUCUGGAUUUCUGUCUGAGAGUUCUGUUUCCGCAUCUGCCUUGUUCGUCUCUUUCGCUCUCUGUGUUUCGAGUUGGAACCAUGGUUUUGACUUUCUGAUUCUUUACCGAAUUCUGGAAAUUUUCCAUCGUCACUGGGUUCCAUCUACACAAGUUAGGUUCUUUACCUGAUAUGUGACAACAGAUUCUUUCCUUUUUUUGGGUUUGAAAUUGAAUCCACUUUGGGCAAGCAUUUCGCUCGAGUCUCCUGAAUUCUAUUUCCUCAUGAUCUGGGAAUUCGAAAUUGGAAGCAAUUUUUGCCUCAAUUAAUCGAAAUCCUGGAUUAGGGUUCCAGAAAAGUAGCAGAUUCGGGUCAGGGGCUUUGCCAAAUGGGCUAAAGUCCUCAGCUUUUCUUCCUAUUCCGUUGAUUGCAGAGCCAUAUUUUGUCUUUUGAUCCGUACGGUGAGAAUUCAUGCAUCUCUCGCUUUGGAAGCCCAUAUACCACUGUGCUGCUCUGGUUCUGGACAAGACGAGCGGCAGGAAACGAGAUGUGUCCGAGUCAACGGCCGUGACUCAGCGAAAGCUCCACGAAUCUAGGCUCAGGGAGGCUCUCGAAGAAGCAUCGGAAGAUGGGUUGCUCGUCAAAUCCCAAGACAUCGAAGACGAGUCUCAAGAUCAGAGCCUUGAACGGUCCAGAUCACUCGCCCGGCUCAACGCUCAGCGCGAGUUCUUGCGAGCCACAGCCCUCGCGGCUCAGAGAACCUUCGAAUCGGAGGAAUCAUUACCUGAACUCGAAGAGGCCUUCAACACGUUUCUAACGAUGUACCCAAAGUAUCGAUCCUCGGAGAAGAUCGACCAGUUGCGAGACGACGAGUAUUUCCACUUGUCACCGCCGAAGGUAUGUCUCGACUAUUGCGGGUUUGGGCUGUUCUCGUAUGUUCAGACAGUUCAUCACUGGGAUUCUUGCACGUUUAGUUUGUCGGAGAUAACCGCGAAUCUCAGCAAUCAUGCCCUCUACGGUGGAGCUGAGACUGGAACAUUGGAACAUGAUAUUAAGACAAGGAUAAUGGAUUACUUGAACAUCCCAGAGAGUGAGUACGGUCUCGUGUUUACAGUCAGUAGAGGUUCUGCUUUCAAGUUGCUUGCGGAAUCAUACCCAUUCCACACGAAUAAGAAGCUUCUGACAAUGUUUGAUCACGAGAGCCAAUCGGUGAGCUGGAUGGCUCAGAGUGCGAGGGAGAAAGGUGCCAAGGUUUCUAGUGCUUGGUUCAAGUGGCCGACUCUUAGGCUCUGUUCCAUGGAUCUGAAGAAGCAAAUCUUGAGUAAGAAGAAGAGGAAGAAGGAUUCUGCGACGGGUUUGUUCAUGUUUCCUGUCCAGUCCAGGGUUACGGGUUCCAAGUACUCGUACCAGUGGAUGGCACUGGCUCAGCAGAACAACUGGCAUGUCUUACUUGAUGCCGGAGCUUUGGGUCCUAAAGACAUGGACUCGCUCGGGUUAUCUCUGUUCCGUCCGGAUUUUAUCAUCACUUCGUUUUAUCGUGUGUUUGGUUAUGAUCCGACUGGGUUUGGUUGUCUCUUGAUCAAGAAAUCUGUGAUGAGCUGCCUGCAGAGUCAGUCUGGGAAAACUAGUUCAGGUAUCGUGAAGAUUACUCCUGAGUAUCCUUUGUAUCUCAGCGAUUCCCUGGAUGGUUUGGAAGGGUUGGCCGAGAGCGAAGAUCAGGAUCUUGCCAUUAACAGCAUCGCUAAGGCCUUGGGGAAUCGACAGGGUUUUCAAUUGCCGGCAUUUUCUGGUGCAUUCACUUCUGCCCAAGUGCAGGACGUUUUCGAGACAGAAAUGGAUCAGGACAUUGGUUCUGACAGAGAUGGAACCAGCACUAUAUUUGAGGAAACCGAGAGUUUCUCAGUCGGCGAAGUGAUUAAAAGCCCGGUUUUCAGCGAAGACGAGUCAUCGGACAACUCGUUUUGGAUUGAUUUGGGUCAGAGUCCAGGUGGUUCGGAUAAUGCUGGUCGGCUCAACAAGCAAAAGAGCUCCUCACCUGUUCUACUCCUCCCUUUUAGUAACAAGAAAAACCAGAAAAGGGUGUCACCUAAACCAGGAACGCAACCUGUUAGUAAUAGCAAAGAUUCAAGUACAGAGCAAAACGGUGACAACCAUGUUCUCUCGUUCGAUGCUGCUGUCUUGUCAGUUUCACAAGAAGUGGGUAUUGCUGUUGAAGAAGAAAAACCAGAGAGGAGUGGUUUGCAGGUUCAUGAGAUCGAAGAAGAAGUAACCAACGAGCUGAUUCCUCCUCAUGCACUGGAAAAUGGCUCAACCUCUGGAAUCAAAGAAAGUGCAAUAAGAAGAGAAACCGAGGGUGAAUUCAGGUUAUUAGGAGGAAGAGGAAAGAGUAGGUACAGCAGUAGGAGGCUUCUUGUGCAUGAAGAAGAUGAACAUCCUAGCAAAAGAAGAGUAUCUUUUACAUCAGAAGAUCACAACAACCAUAGCUUCGAACCUGGAGAACCAUCCGCCAUUAAUCUCGAUGAGGAUGAAUAUGGAAGCAGUGCAGAUUACGGGGACGGACAAGAAUGGGGCGAGAGGAGGGAACCCGAGAUAAUAUGUUGGCACCUUGACCAUGUCAACAUGAUGGGACUCAACAAAACCACCACACGACUCAGGUUUCUCAUAAACUGGCUGGUGACCUCUCUGCUCCAACUAAGGCUGCCCAGUUCAAAUUCGGAUGGAGGGCAAAUAAAUCUUGUCCAGAUUUACGGUCCGAAGAUAAAAUACGAACGUGGGUCAUCGGUGGCAUUCAACGUGAGAGACGUGAAAGGAGGGAUGACGAUGGUUCAUCCAGAGAUGGUGCAGAAACUAGCUGAAAGAGAAGGAAUUUCGCUAGGGAUAGGUUACCUCAGUCACAUAAGGAGAAUGGAUAGCCGGAGAGAAGAUUCAAGAACGGAAAAUGGGUUUGUAAGAGUAGAGGUUGUCACUGCUUCUCUAGGGUUCUUGACAAACUUUGAAGACGUUUAUAAGCUAUGGGGAUUUGUGGCCAAGUUCCUAAACCCAGGUUUUGUUAAAGAAGGUACACUCGCAGCUGUUGAAGAAGAAGAUUCAGAAACAUAGAAGAAAAAACCGAGACUCUUGUCUUGAAGAAAUCUGGAAAAAAAGCCUCAUUCAUUAAUUGAUAUUUUCCGGGUUCCCUUAUCUUUUUCUAAAUCAUUAUAGAGUUUGCCUAAAGAACAUCUUUUUUUUUCUCCCAUUUUUUCGGAGGGGUUUUUGUAUCUGAAGCAGAACUGUAAUUUGGAACCAGAGAUGUUUCGUAGGUUUCUUCAGA